GUACCCAAUGGUUGCAGUCAUACGCCGACGCCAUUGCCGAGCAUGGAGAACGACCAGCCCUGCACAAGGAGAACGAGGCGUACAGAUUCGGGACAGGAAGGGUGCAUGUGUCGUCCUUUUACGUGAUAGUGUGCUUUGAGCUUGGCGAUAAGAUCGUGAAGGUCAGGACGAGCAUCAUCACCGGAGACAUCCCGCUCUUGCUUUCGAAAGGGGCUCUCGGCAAGCUUGGCAUGGUUUUCGAUGUAGAGAACAUGAGGGCAGAUUUUCACAAGGUCGGUCUGAAGCAGUUCGAGCUGAUGUCUACCGCUAGCGGGCAUCCAGCCAUUCCUAUCGUCCCGGCAAAGGCCAGCGCUGGUACAACACCGGCACUGGAGAUCGAAGACCUUGAGCUCGCACCCAAGGAGUCAUACACGAGUGUUUUUGCGGUUGCUUAUCAAGGCCCCCUGAAGCCCGACCUCACAGGUAUCUUUCAGCCCAAGAAGCUUGACCCCGCAGUACGAAAUCUCCUCAGUGAAGAUCGUCUAGCACAAGAUCCCUACUUGGCGUGGUGGAAACAGACCCCGAUUGACCGACUGUCUUUUACAAGACUGCCCCUAGCAACAAUUCGCACAAAGCCCCCCGGGACGAUGAGCUCACAGCCAUGCGCGACGACCGCGCUGAGCAAGAUGAACAAGACCGAGCUCCUGGCCGAAGCAGUCCGGGUGGGGCUAGUGGUCCACAAGUCGUGGUCCAACGAAGAGUUGAAGUCCAUCCUGCGCGAGCACAGGGAGAAGUCCAAGACCGAAGACGGCAAGAUGGCAAUGCGAGGACUGGCCGGCUUGACGAUGUCGGAGCUCAAGACGAAGGAGGUCCCAACAUCCUACGGGGAGUGGGCGGUGGCCGAAGCGAACCGGAGCGACAACGCGUCCCCCGAUCUGAUCCGCUUCGCCAAGUGGUACCACAAGGAGCGCACCCUGAAGAAGAUGCAGAACUACGGGACGGAAGAGUUUGUGGAUCCGACGCCCUUCCCGGACGACGACUCGAGCAACCAGAGCGCCCACCAGACACCACUGACAGCCUGGAGAGGAGCAGUGUCGUCCCCACCACCGACGAGAGGCUACAAGGGGAGCUCAUCGACGGGGUCCUGGGAAGCAGUCGCAAGCACCCCUCACCGCAGCGGAAAAGGGAACCAGAAAAUUAUCACACCCAAGCGCAGCAAUCCCGAGGAGGAAGAGGCGGCCCACAAGACGAUGGAGAGCGAGGUGGACCCGGCAGUGCUCGACGAGAUCCAGGUGCUCCAGACCCGCCUCGCCCUCUUGAAGGACAAGGUCGACUACCAAGAAGGGAAGUGCUGCGCCGAGAUCUACCAGCAGGACGCACGAGCUGCCUAUCGAGCCGGUGACUUCAGCUACGAGACGUGCAGGGGUCUUCUCGAAGGAGCUCAGCUACCUACGCGACCGAUGAGGACAAUGUGCAAUUACUCCGACCCCGACAAGGACCAGGUCUACAUCACCUACGGCAUGUUCGUCCACGGAGGAGUACGAGGUGUAACGACAGCGACCAAAGAGCACAGCGACCUUGGAAGCGAGCAACUGAAGAACUUCCUCAAGAACAACGGGUUCCCACUUCCAAGAAAGACCGGGGCCAAUAUGCCAAGGACCAAGCAGAACACUUUCCCGCGCAAAGCGAAGCGCCACGAGAUCGCCAACACCGCCGGGAAGCUCAGCGUCCUCUUCACCACACUUCUGUUGGCGAGCCAAACUUACUUGUCGGAAGUCCAUGGACCCCCGCCAUCCCCAGACCCGAUUGUCAUGAUGGAGAUCGGCGGGCGCGAGGGGACGAUCGAGGCCGUUGAGUUGAACAAGGCCGUCGUGGAGCCGAUGGAAUGGGAGGACCUACUCGAGCCCAAGGCCCAGGAGACUGCCCACUACUUUGUCACCGGGGCGACCCCCAAAGAACUAAGAGUGCACCUGGACGAGAUGCCAAGGCGGUGUUACGACUUCAUGAUCGGACUGGUCCGAGCGCAGUUGGAGGAAGGGGGCGAAGUUGUGUUGCGAGGACGCGACCUACAAGACCUUACGGAGGUGUUCAAGGAGUACGUGAGCUACCACGACCACAGUGAGCAAGACGGGUGGGUGGUACUUCGACGUGAAAGAAAGGGACAACGACUACUACCAGGACAUGAAGGUGGGCGACCGCAUGAAGUUCACGCAGUGCAAACGGAGGAAGCUCCAGAACGUCAACCUCGCAAGCUGGACGGCAGCGGUAUAACCUUCGACGGAGAAGUACCUGGUCACGUCCAGUCCGCUCUACGGCGACUUCAUCAGAAUUUAGGUCACACCCGCGACAAGAAGACCUACUACGUCAUCUUCGACUUGCCGGAUGCGAACAACAUAUCCUCAAGGCCGUCAAGUCGAUGCGAUGUGAAGUUUGCCAAUCUACAAAGAAGCCGCUGA